GCUGUAGCCAAGACAGGUGCGCAGCGGCAACUGCGGCGGCAGCGGGAUGACCGGCCACCACGGCUGGGGCUACGGCCAGGAGGACGGUCCUUCAGAAUGGCACAAGUUGUACCCCAUCGCCCAGGGAGACCGCCAGUCUCCCAUCGACAUCGUCUCCAGUCAGGCCGUUUAUGACCCUACCCUGAAGCCCUUGGUCCUGGCCUAUGAGUCUUGCAUGUCCCUGAGCAUCUCCAACAACGGACAUUCUGUCAUGGUGGAGUUCGAUGAUGUGGAUGACCGGACAGUGGUGAAUGGGGGCCCCCUGGAUGGGCCCUACCGGCUGAAGCAGUUCCAUUUUCACUGGGGGAAAAAACACAGCUUAGGUUCAGAACACACAGUGGAUGGCAAGUCCUUCUCCAGUGAGCUCCAUUUGGUCCACUGGAAUGGGAAAAAAUACAAGACCUUUGCUGAAGCAGCAGCAGCCCCAGACGGCCUGGCUGUGGUCGGCAUCUUCUUGGAGACUGGAGACGAACAUGCCAGCAUGAACAGACUGACAGAUGCCUUGUACAUGGUCAGAUUCAAAGGAACCAAAGCCCAGUUCAACAGCUUCAAUCCCAAAUGCCUCCUGCCCAUGAACCUGAACUACUGGACCUACCCCGGCUCCCUGACCACCCCGCCGCUGAGCGAGAGCGUGACCUGGAUCGUCCUCAAGGAGCCCAUCACCAUCUCAGAGAAGCAGAUGGAAAAGUUCCGGAGCCUCCUCUUCACUGCCGAGGAGGAUGAGAAGGUCCGAAUGGUGAACAAUUUCCGCCCUCCUCAGCCACUGAAGGGAAGAGUAGUUCAAGCCUCCUUCCAGUCCUGAAGAGGGUCAAGCUGUGAACAGUAACAGCCAUGAUGUCCAAAGUGCUUCCAUAUCAGCUAAGACCAAACCAGGUGUGCAGCGCCUUGGUCCUGGACUGAAUUUUCAGAGCCAUUCGGGGUCCAAGGGGCAGAGCUGAAGAGGGAAUAGCCAUUUUGGUGGCACUAUUAUUUCCCUCCAGUCCAUUUCUAAUUCACUUUGGGCGUCUUUCUCACCAAAGGAGUCACAAAUGCUAGACACCCCCUACCCAGACCCCUCUGCUAUUCCCUGAUCCCUUGACAGCUUUAAAACUGGCCAGACUAUAUAUAUAUAUAUAUAUAUAUAUUUCCAAGCCUGGGGAGGUUUUAAAAUCUGCCUGGGCUAAAGCCACCAGGAGGGGCAAUAAAUAGGAGAAUGAGAGGGAGGGUGGAGAAGGGAGGUGGAUAUCAGAAACUGUCAGAAGUAAUUCUUUGGGUCUGACUUGUCUGUCCCUUCGCAGGAGGAUACUCUCCCCUACCCCCAUUUCCAACACUUAACCCUGGAAAAAGAUCACGUUGCUCUUCCCCUGAAACAGCUCUGGCCCCUCUUGACCCCUCUACUGUGACAAGGCCCUGUGCUCCAAGGCCAUGGGCGGCUGUUGGCAAGACAAAAGCAAUAAUCCUAGCAGGUGGGAGACCCCUAACCAGUGUUACUUACCUCGAAUACUGAAACUAGGCCCUGGGAAACUGAAUUGCAGAUGGUUAUAUAUAUUUUUACCUGCCAUUUCACUGCCAACCAUUAAAAAUAUUGGUGUGAGGCUGCUUGUA